UCCAAGAGUUUUUUCUGCUGCCUAUCUAUGCCUAUCGUUCUAUUCGUCGUUCUAUCAUCCGUCUUUGUGCCAUUAUCACGUGUAUGCCGGCAGUAACGUUUGUAAAUUAAUUUUUUAUUUAAUAUAGUUUACUGCACGAAUAACGAAUCUACUAUAUUAUAAAACUAAAUUAGUGUUUAAAUUAAUGUCUUUCAUAAAACAGUUCAUUGUUCUAUUUUAAGGGGUAUUAGAUGAUUUUAGUGUAUGGUGUUGAAUUUUUGGCGGUUUUCUUGUGUCACUUCCACAAACAGUAAAAACCUCAACUUCUUCAUAAAAAUAAAUACUCAUCAAAAGUAGAUUAAAUAUGGAUGAGGAUUGGGAUAAUGCUCCAGCUGGACCUCAGAGCUUUUCUGGAAGUGAUGUUCCUUUAGAUGGUGGUAAAAUGUUUAGUAAGGGACGGGGAUUUUCAGCAAAACCACGAAGUACAGAUAAUGAUGAAUGGGGUAAUGGUGAUAGUAACAAUGAGUGGGGUUCCAAAGAUAAUGGAGGGUGGGGAGGCAAUGACCAUGGAAGAUCAGGUGGACGUGGUGGAGGAGGUCGUGGAAGAGGAAAUCGUGGAGGUGGACGAGGGGGUCGUAAUGAAAACCGAUUUGCAGACGCAGAUGAGGGUGGUUGGGGUAAAGGUGGAAACAAUGAUGAUGAUGGUGAUGGAGGUUGGGGAGGAAAUUCAGGUGGUAGAAGAGGUGGUGGUCGACGAGGAGGUGGUAGAGGAGGUCGUAAAUUUAACGACGAUAACAACGGUGAUUCGGAAUGGGGUGGCCGUGGGGGUGGAAGGUCUGAAAGAAAUCAUGACGACGACGCUUGGGGUGAUAGCAAUGGUGGGGGUAAUCAUGGUAACGAUGGCGGCUAUAAAAGAGGACGUGGAGGAAGGCGGGGAGGAGGAAAUGACAAUAGCGAUUCUUGGGGAGGUGAUAACAGAGGAGAUGAUGCUUGGGGAGCAAACGAUGGCGAUCAAGAUGAAGGAGGCUUCGGAGGAAGAUCACGAGGUCGAGGUGGUCGUGGAGGCCGUGGUCGAGGUCGUGGAGGGAGAAGUGAUGGAUCAGGAGAUUUUGAUAAUGGGCAACAGGGUGAUGAAGAGAAACCAAAGAGAGAAAUCUAUAUUCCUCCAGAGCCCACAAAUGACGAAAACGAAAUGUUCAGUUCUGGAAACACAACAGGUGUUAAUUUUGCGAAAUACGACGAUAUUGAAGUUCAGGUGUCUGGCGAAAAUUAUCCGAAACCAAUCCAAUCCUUUGAAGAGGCAGGUUUACGACAAUUGUUAAUUGAUAAUGUUCGAAAGUCCGGCUACACAAAACCAACGCCUAUUCAAAAAUAUGCUCUUCCGAUUAUUUUAGCCAAAAGAGAUCUUAUGGCUUGUGCACAAACGGGUUCAGGAAAGACGGCUGCUUUUUUGCUGCCGAUUGUUCACACUUUGAUUGCCGAACCUGAAGAAUUAGUAGCUGAUGGUACUAGCUGCUCGCCGCAGGUCGUUAUUAUCUCACCGACGAGAGAAUUGACCAUACAAAUUUAUGAAGAAGCCAGAAAGUUUGCUCAUAAUUCUAUUAUAAAGGUUGUAGUAGCUUACGGUGGGACUUCAGUUGGAUAUCAAAAGGAUCGCAUGAAGAUGGGAUGUCACAUUCUAGUGGCCACCCCAGGACGCAUGAACGACUUUGUUAAACGUGGUAGUUUGUCCUUUAGUGCCACCCGCUUCGUAGUUUUGGACGAAGCUGAUCGGAUGUUAGAUAUGGGAUUUCUACCGGAAGUAGAACAUAUGAUGGAACAUCAAAGCAUGGUUCCUACAGGUACUCGACAAACGCUCAUGUUUUCUGCCACAUUUCCGGAAGAAAUCCAGCGAUUAGCAGCAAAAUUUUUGGAUAAUUACAUAUUCGUUGCUGUAGGCAUAGUUGGAGGUGCUUGUACUGAUGUAGAUCAAAGAUUUUAUCAGGUUGAUAAGUUUAAAAAAAGAGACAAACUUGUCGAAAUUUUACAAGAGGAAGGAUCAGAGAAGACUCUAGUUUUUGUUGAAACAAAACGUAACGCUGAUUUCAUCGCCUUAUUUUUAUGCGAAAACGAUUUCAAAACAACGAGUAUUCACGGCGAUAGACUUCAGCGGCAACGCGAAGAGGCACUUCGUGAUUUCAAGACUGGUUUUAGGAACAUACUAGUAGCGACUGGGGUAGCUGCCAGGGGGCUUGAUAUUAAAAACGUUAAACAUGUAAUUAAUUACGAUUUACCCAAAAGCAUCGAUGAAUAUGUUCACAGAAUUGGAAGGACAGGACGAGUCGGAAAUCGUGGAAAAGCAACGAGCUUUUUUGACGAUGCUCAAGAUAGUGCUAUUGCUGGAGAUCUAGCGAGAAUUUUAAAACAAGCUGGUCAGCCUGUACCUGAUUGGUUGAAAGGAGGUGGAAGUGGUGCGUUCGGAGGGCACGGCGGUUUCGGUGGUCGAGACGUUAGAGAGGAUGACUUCGGUCAAGCACAGCCCUCAUAUAUGCCCGAAGAACCAGAAGAAUCAUGGUAAAGAUAGCAUUUUUUUCUUUACAGUAUUCACGAGCAUUCCGCCUUCUUCAACUAUUUUUUAAUUUUCAUUUACUAUUUGAUGUUGAUACUUUGUUAAGUAAUAUUUAGAAUUUAAGUUUGCUUUUUCUUUGUUCUAUAUAUAUGAAUUCUACAUUAUUUCAUUUGAAAUGUUAUUAACUACGAAUAACUUUUUUUCGUUACCUGUUUUACUUAGGCGAUAUAAUUAUAAUGCUACAAUAUGCACUAUAAGUGAAAUUGUUUUCGUUAAACAAUCGACAAGGUAGAUUUAAACGUUAUAUUUUACUAAUUUGUACCAUUAUCGUAAUAUUUCCGCCUGUGAUUAAAUGUGUUUUUGUUAAAAACGA